UCUGACGUGUCUUUCCGGUGUUCCCAUUGGCUCGUUUGGUGUCAUGACGUCUUGCUGUUGGUGAGGGGGCGGGGCAUCGAAGGGGAGCAACAAAGCAGCAGCAGCAGCAGCAGCAGCGACCGAAGGACGCUCGUGUUUCAGCAUGCGGUGACUGAGACUGUGGCCUGAAGGCACAGCUGGUCUGGUGGCGGCGGCAGCAGCAGGCAUCUAGCUUAGAUGAAGGAUGAAGAGCCCGGUGCACAGAUGCAGGGACGUGGAGCACGGGCGUGGGCAGGCCGGGGCAGGAACCACCUGCCUACAGGCAGAGCAGCGCAUCCCUAUCUCCAAAGAUGUCAUCACUUCCACGUCUGCCUCUGCCAUGUGGUUCAUCAGGGACGUCUGCGGCAUCGUGUGCGCUGUCAUCACCUGGCUGCUGGUGUUUUACGCAGAGUUCGUGGUGCUGUUUGUAAUGCUGCUGCCCUCCAAGAAUCUGACGUACAGCAUUGUGAACGGCACCCUGUUCAACACUCUGGCCUUCCUUGCCCUUGCCUCACACCUCAGGGCCAUGUGCACUGACCCUGGGGCCGUACCAAAAGGGAAUGCUACUAAGGAAUACAUAGAAAGCCUUCAGCUGAAACCAGGGCAGGUGGUCUACAAAUGUCCCAAGUGCUGCAGCAUCAAGCCUGACCGAGCACACCACUGCAGUGUUUGCAAACGCUGCAUACGAAAGAUGGACCACCACUGCCCCUGGGUCAAUAACUGUGUUGGGGAGAACAACCAAAAGUACUUUGUGCUUUUCACAAUGUACAUUGCACUCAUCUCUCUCCACUCUCUGGUCAUGGUGAUCUUCCAUUUCCUCAACUGCUUUGAAGAUGAUUGGACAAAGUGCAGUUCCUUCUCUCCUCCAGCAACAGUCAUCCUCCUCAUACUCCUGUGCUUUGAGGGUCUCCUCUUCCUCAUCUUCACCUCUGUGAUGUUCGGCACCCAAGUCCACUCCAUCUGUACCGACGAGACCGGGAUCGAGCGUCUCAAGGGAGAGACGGGGAGGUGGGGGAAGGUGCCGUGCUGGGAGGCCAUGCAGGUGGCGUUCGGCGGCCCGUUCUCUCUGUCCUGGUGCAGCCCCUUCGCAGGGCUGAGCUGCAAGAAGAGCCACCCAGAGCACUUCACCGUCCCACAGGGGGAGAUCAUCGAGGAGGAUGUCAUAGAGAUACCGCUGGACUAGCACUCCCUGAAGUCAGCGAGACACUGGUUCUCAAUCUGCCAGCGCUUCUGCACAAGCAAGUAAAGAUCCCUUUGGAUUUCGUGGACGCACGGUUUUUAAAGACUUUAUUAAAUAAUGGGAAACCUGGAAUUUUAAUCUUUAUCUUGAAGACCUUUUUAUCUAUGUAUCACGACAUGUCCCCUCUUCUAGUAUAAGUGCAGCCGUUUGCAGGAUGUUCAGGGCAGCGACCUUAAACUUUAGUAUCCUGGCCCUUUUUUAUAAAUGUUCUGCUGUUGCACACACAAUAGGGGGGACUCCUAAUACCACGUGGAAAUGAUCUUGUAUUACUCAACUUGCGCUGCCCAACCUGCAGUAUUUUCCUGAAAUCAUUGUGUAACUAAGUGGUGAAGGACGCAAAAUUCCUGUUAGCGCAACCAAAGUGUUUCUGACUCGAGGUGAGAAGAUGAUGGAUUUUAAAGCAUCUCUUUGAGCCGCCUCAGGAGAACGCCACUAACUGUAGCACUAAUGUGACACUUGAAGCAUGAGCAGUCUGCUUUCAACCACUUUGCUGUCUGAUGCCUUUUUUCUUUUUUUUGAGGAUUUUAAUUCACAUUGUGCCUUAUCUGUCUUGAGGAGCAAACAUUUCAGUGUGACACAAUGUAGGGGAAAACUUUUUUUUGUAUGUGUUGUUCAGUUACUUAUCCAUCCAGUUGUGGUGUCUGUGUCUGGAGUUGCCAUUUUCACCUCAUCACUCUGUUGCACAUGCAGAAAAUUCAACGGUAAUUGACUUUACGUGGAAGAGAUUAAUAUGUAAUUGAAUAAGCUACUGGAUAAGGGCUUUUAACUGAAAUGGGUGCUGGAUGUCAUGGGACCACUCAUGUUUUAUCAUGUUUACAUUUUAACAGUUUCAUUCAUUUUGUGGGUUUCACUUUUAAAUUCUAAAAUAAAUGGAAAUAUUUCAUAUACAUUCAUAUCUGUACAUUAUGAACAGUAUUGUUGCUGGUAAUCAUAAAACAAAAAACAGCAUUGAA